GGGUUCGGCGCGGGGAGCCGGGUGGAGCGAUCCCAUUCUGCUAAAGAUGAAAGGCUGGGGUGGGCUGGCCCUGCUUCUAGGGGCUCUGCUGGGAACUUCCUGGGCUCGAAGGAGCCAGGAUCUACAUUGUGGAGCUUGUAGGGCUCUAGUAGAUGAACUAGAGUGGGAAAUCGCUCAAGUGGAUCCCAAGAAGACCAUUCAGAUGGGAUCUUUCCGGAUCAAUCCAGAUGGCAGCCAGUCAGUAGUAGAGGUACCCUAUGCCCGCUCAGAGGCCCAUCUCACAGAACUGCUAGAGGAGGUGUGUGACCGCAUGAAGGAAUAUGGGGAACAGAUUGACCCUUCCACCCACCGCAAGAACUAUGUACGGGUUGUGAGCCGGAGUGGAGAAUCCAGUGAACUGGACCAGGGCAUCCGAAUUGACUCAGACAUCAGUGGCACCCUCAAGUUUGCCUGUGAAAGCAUUGCGGAGGAAUACGAGGAUGAACUUAUUGAAUUCUUUUCUCGAGAGGCCGACGAUGUUAAAGACAAACUUUGCAGUAAGAGAACAGAUCUAUGUGACCAUGCCCUGCACAUAUCUCAUGAUGAGCUAUGAACUACUGGAGCAGCCAGACCAGCUUGGUGGAUCACCCUCAGGAGGGGAAGAUGGU